AAAAUUAUCAAUGUCAAAGAGAGGAAGAGGAGGUCAAGUUGGUAUCAAAUUGAGAAUUACACUUGCUUGUAAUGUCGGUGCUGUUCUCAAUUGCGCUGAUAACUCAGGAGCAAAAAAUAUCUACGUGAUUUCAACAUUCGGAAUUAAGGGACAUUUGAGCAGAUUACCAUCUGCUUCCAUUGGUGAUAUGGUUUUGUGCUCUGUCAAAUAGGGUAAGCCAGCACUUAGAAAGAAGGUCAUGUAAGCUGUUGUUGUAAGACAAAGAAAACCAUACAGACGUCGAGAAGGAUAUUACAUCUACUUUGAAGAUAAUGCUGGAGUUAUUAUCAAUCCAAAGGGUGAAAUGAAAGGAUCUGCAAUUACAGGCCCAGUUGGAAAGGAAGCUGCUGAUUUAUGGCCAAAGAUAGCAUCAGCUGCUGGUUCAGUUCUUUGAUUUAAAAUUUGCAAUAUAUAUAUAAGUAUUAAUCAACACAUCAAUUUAAUUGUGCAUUUUA